UGGCCAAAACCUUUUGCCGGGUUGUGAUUGGCUGCUGCGCUCCUGCGCUUUUCAAACUGUCUCCGGCGUGUGACUGACGGCGCUGUCAAACCUUCCGACGACGGACGCAGUUUGCCAUGAGGGCGAGCGAGUUUGACUCUUCAGCCGAGGAAGACGAUGACGUGGGAGAAGAAGAGCGGACUCCUUUGGACAUCUCCUGGUUGUCUUUGGCCAAAGUGGAGUCUUCCCAGUUCCUCGGCAUAUGUGCACUUCCAGGUUGCAGAUAUAAUAAUAUCCAUAGGAGCCUGCAGAGAGACGUUGAGGAGCUGCAAAAGCAAGGCGUGCAGGACGUGUUUGUGUUGUGCACCAGAGGUGAGCUGUCCAAGUACCGCGUGCCGUCCCUGCUGGAGGUCUACCGGCAGAGGGGCUUCACCGUGCACCACGAGCCCUUCCUGGACGGGGACGCCCCCGAGCUGGAGCAUUGCUGCCGGAUCCUGGACCAGCUGCGGGACAGCCUGGAGAGCCGGCGCCGAACCCUGGUCCACUGCUACGGAGGUCUGGGACGCUCCGGCUUAAUCGCCGCCUGCCUGCUCAUCCAGCUGUCUGUGACCAUGACGGCCAACGAAGCCAUCGCCAUCCUGCGGGAGCUGCGAGGAGGCGGAGCCAUUCAGACCAUCAAACAAUACAACUUCCUGCAUGACUUCCGGGAGCGAUACGCUGCCUACCAGGAGCGCAGAGAUGUCCCCAAAGAGCGUUCCGUCUCUCGAUGAGCCAUUUCCCUCUUGGCUGUGAUCAAUGAGCCGCACUUUAUAAAAUAAUGUAUCAUGUUUUUCCCCUUAUGAGAGAUCUGAAUAGAAAACCACGCAUGAGUGCUCGCUUGCUGCAGUCUAAUGAUCUUGUUUUGUUCCGUCAUGGCCUUUUUUUGGAUUUAUUCUAAAGAAAUACAAUCGUGGGACUUUCAAAUAGUUUCUAUUUUCAUGUCCUUGUGAUGACACGAUUAGAAAAAACAAACUUAAAUGGUUUUAUUUAGUCAAACUCAAGUCUUAUAGAGGUGACACUUUGGGAUCAAGUGAUACAAUAAAAUCUUCACCCUGUUCUCUGGACACAAUGUACACUUGAUUAUGUCAAUAAACAUGUUUGACGGCCCUGAACUCGGUGACAUUUUGAGGAGUGCUGCUGUGAAAACAUUACAAAUACGACACACAAACCGAAAAAAAA